GUAUAAAGAUCGAGCAACUCAACUGGGUAGGACAGAGCCUGGGCUGAUUCUGCUGGAGCAUCUUGGUGGGCUGGCCUUUCCUGAAGUGCUUUCUUCCAUGAAGGCCUAUUUGGGAGGUCUCCUCUGAACGUUCUGCAGCAGGGAAUCAUGACAGAUGUUGGCUGGUGGAAGCUGACCUUUUUGCGCAAAAAAAAGUCAACUCCCAAGGUGCUGUAUGAGAUCCCAGACACCUAUGCCCACCUAGAUGGAGGUACUGAGCCUGCAAGGCCUGAAGGAGGGAGUCCCAACAGCAACUUUAAUGCUCGGCUAGAGAAAAUUGUGGACAAGAACACCAAGGGCAAACAUGUCAAGGUCUCCAAUUCUGGUCGAUUUAAGGAGAAGAAAAAGGUCCGAGCUAGUCUGGCAGAAAAUCCCAACCUCUUCAAUGAUGGAGAUGGGAAAGGACAGUGAAAAUGAAGAUGGGAAAGGACAGUGAAGGGUGAGAAGGGAGAUGCUAAGGACCUCCUUCUUUCCUACCAUCAGCUGGAUUCUGAAAAGGAAAACUGACACUCCAGCCUCUGUGCCUACAGCCCAAGCUUUGCAGUGUCCUCUGCUGGCCUCCACACCUGAGGCCGAGGAAGUAUCUCUAUUAUUUAUAGAUGCAUCACUUUCUACCAGGCAAAGGCUGGCCCUGGAAGUCUGGGCUUGUCCUGAACCCCAUGUUGUAGGGUCCUCCUCAGUUCAAGGAUUGUAUCUCUGGAAAUAGGGAGAAUAACGACUCAAGGAGGGUCAAUCCUCAUUACAGUUCUACGCAGCACCUACUGGGAGGGAGGGUUGGGUGAAGGUGGAGUGCCACUCCUAUUCCCUAGGAACAAGGAUCAGGGUCAAGUUUGAAUUGCUGCUCUCUCCUCCACUUUCACCCAUAGCCUUUUUCCUAUGAGAACUUUUUCUAGAAGCUACAUGGACCGAGGAUGGUGUAGUCUCUUUUCCAAGAGUCAGGGGAGUAGGGAGAUUCCUGGAUCUUUGCCUAAAAAAAUGGCCAGAGGAGGAUCCCUCAGACUUCAUGUAAGACUCCAAAGGGGUAGAUUGGUAAAUAUCAGUUUCCGCUAGGGACAUGCCCUUCUAGGUGUGUCAAGAUAGACAGUGACAAUGGGGGAGAUGUGUGGCUCUAAGGAUUCCUGCUUGGGAACCCAGAUGGCCCACCUAAUCUACUCUCCCUGCCAGAAUAUGUAGAAAAGACGAAUGCCCCGGAUGACAUCCUAGGCCUUGAAUUUUUUUUUUUUAAAGUUUGGUCAUAAAUUUCUUUUUGGUAAUAAACAUGACUUGAAAAUAGAGGCUCCUCAUGAUGGCCAUCACUGGUGUCCCUGGAGCUAGGACAAAGGUUGGGCAGAGGUCUGGUCUCUUCCAUGUGCUUGGCCCUAGGAUUUGGGGCAUUAUCAGCCUUGGAUGAAAGGGAGGGUGAAAGCUGGUGUGGAAGAACACAGAAAGCUGCCACCAUCUGUGGCACACUUUAUCUCGAGAGUGGCAGUGGCCUCAGAAGUAGAUUAUCUGCUAGUCUGGCAUGUCUCACUUACCCUUCGUGGUUGGUUAUGGGCCUUUCACUAACCCAUUUUUUUUUUUUUUUUUAGUGAGGCAAUUGGGGGUUAAAUGACUUGCCCAGGGUCACACAGCUAGUAAGCGUUAAGUGUCUGAGGCUGGAUUUGAACUCAGGUACUCCUGACUCCAGGGUCGGUACUCUAUCCACUGCAACAUCUAGCUACCCCCACCCAUUUUUUUUAAAGCCCCAUGAACCAUGGCCUAGGUUGGCUGUGUGUUUGUGUUAUGUGUAUAGGGUUGUUGGUUUUCUCUGUGCUUCGUAAAGCGGUAGCUCCUCUUCUUUGCUCUAAAGCUGCCUCCUAGCUAUAUAGCAUUGGGCUGCCAGGGGCCUAGUUCUAGAAUCUUCCAGUUUGGCAACCAAGUCCCCCAUCCACAUCUCAUGGGGGCACAGGAGAUGAGCUACUGUAAUGGAGGCUAAAGUGACUAAGAUCAUCCCCACCACAAAUCUGGAGGUAUACUUGGUCUAGAAAAGGAAGGCUAGGGCAGUUUGGUGGUGUAGUGGAUAGAGCACUAGCCCUGGAGUCAGGAGGACCUGAGUUCAAAUCCAGCCUCAGACACUUGACACUUACUAGCUGUGUGACCCUGGGUACCCUGCAAAAAAAGAAAGUAAGAGAGAAAGAAAGAAAGAAAGAGCAAGCCAUAUCCCUGGGGGUUGGAGAGAGGGAACAGCAGGGAGGAUGCUACUCUUCAGCUCCCACACUCAAACCUCACUGCCCACAAGGCCACUCUACCCUGGGGAAUAGCUGCUCAGA